AUGUCACACAGCAAACGGAACACCUCUCGUGCCGUCUUCACCUCCCACGAGCGACUUCUCGCCAAGGCCAACUGGUCCUCCAGUUCCGCUCGCCUGAAUCGCGAUUCCUUUCUGCCCUUCGGGUCCUGUGGCCUUUGCUUAGAAAUUGCUCGGGACCCAGUUGCCUGCCGGCUAGGCGACAUUUUCUGUCGCGAAUGCAUCUUGGCCAAUCUGUUGGCACAGAAAAGGGAGCUCAAGAGAGCCGAGAAAGCCCGUCGCGAGGCCGAGCAUGAGGCGCUUCGUGCAAAGGCUGCCGACGAUGAUGAGGAUCAAAAAAGGGCCGUCCUUGACUUUGAGUUGACCCAGGCAGGACUCCCUGACUCCAAGAAGAGAGCCAUUCUUCCGAACCAAGACAACUCGUGGGAUCACGAAGCACAUUCGGCCCGUGCUGGCGCCAAACGCAAAUUCACCCUCGAUGAAAAUGAGUUGAUACGUAUAGCGAAGGAAGACAAGGUGAAAGCUAGGAGGGCCAUUGAGGAUGAACGGGCCGCCAAGCCGUCACUUCCUUCGUUCUGGACACCGUCUCUUACACCAGACGUUCUGGACAGUAAACUGCCUUCAGAAAACAAGGCAACCAAGACCGCACCGACAUGCCCUGCGUCGACGGACGACAAACCUCACGCCAUCUCAAUGCAAAAGCUAGUUACUAUACAAUUUCAACAAGGUCGAGACCAGUCCGCAAAGGGCGGCGUUUGGACAUGUCCCUCAUGUCUCAAAACACUAUCCAACUCCUCAAGCCCCGUGAUGGCCAAGCAAUGUGGCCAUGUUUUGUGCCUCAGCUGCGUCAAGAAGUUUCUGGUGCCCUCACGCAAAGAAGUUACCGCGGAAGACGUGCCUCUCAUGUGCUAUGUAUGCGAGUCGCCCAUAGUCGGCAAGUCUGCAAAGCAUGAACCAUCAACUAGCAAACUGCCAGCUGGAUUGGUCCUGUUGAAGUCGGAGGGCACAGGCUUUUCUGCCCGAGGCUCCAACACUGUCGAGCGAUCUGGAGUGGCAUUUCAAUGUUAA